AUGCAGAAGCUUGAGAAGGGCUGGGUGGAGCCCGAAAUUUCUGCCACUGUCAUGUCCAGCGACGGCGCUGAGGACAAGAAGGGGACCGAAGAUUCGCAGGGCAGAUUCCGGGUGCGCUCCAGCGCUGAGGUCUUCUACCGUGGCCUGGGUGGCGAGGCAGCAGACAAGCUGCCCAGGACACUUCCAGCCAUCAACUGCAGGGCCGGAGACUUUGCAGCCACCGAUGCAGCUUUCCAUUCAGCCAUAAGCCAUUUGCAUCGAGUCAAUGACGUCCAGGACCGCGUCAGAGAGAUCACUGGAACGACACAGGAAAAGCUGCACCUGCUGGCAGACUCUUCGCAGAAGACACUUGCAAAGACAGUGCUUGGAGGCGUUGAAUGGAGCCUGAGCAAGGCCACCCAGGGCUGCAGUUUGAAAGAGCCAAGCUCAGGAGCCUUCUCUAUUGACAUGAGACAUUCCAGAGCAGUUGUUGCACAUGAGCUGGACGCAUGUGAGGGGAUGAGAUGGAGACUCCGCUGUCAUUUGGGCGGCCUUGAGGAGAACGAGCUGGAGGUGUUCAUUGAGAGCCUUGAUGCAUGCAGCAUGGAAGGGGACCAAGCAGUUCUGCUGGAAUGCAGCAUAUCUGUCAGCCAUGUCCAGGAUGGCCGCCUUUACAUCAGUCCAGGCCAUCGCCUGAGGGCCAUUGUAACAUCUUCGCAGCCAAGAGCAGGUUCACUAACCAUCAUUAUGGCGGGCGGCUUUUCCCAGGAGCACCAUGCCAAAGCCUCUGUGCACCUGUCUGUCUCCAAAGUGCACAAGCUCACAACAACUCCGCUCGCCGGCAUCCUGCUAUCUGCCCACCCACAUAUAAGCCUUGUUUCCACAUCUCCAAGGAUGUUGAUGAUAAAGGACUUUCUGAGCCCCAGAGAGUGCCAGGAGUUUAUGGCAGUUGCUGAACCCCUGCUUCAGAACUCAUUGGUAGCAUGCGGAUCGUGCGUCCCCAGCAGGACUUCCUCCAGCAUGUUCCUGCAGGGCAGACAUGAGCGAGAGCCUUGUGUCAUUGAGUACGACCGCAAGGAGGGCCAAUUUUAUGAUGCCCAUUUUGACAAUAAGUCCAACGAAUGCUGGAGACGUGCUGCGACGCUGAUCACAUAUCUGAGUGAUGUUGAGGAAGGUGGGGCCACAUUCUUCCCCCAGGGCAGAGCCAUCGAUGUGCUGCAUGAUCAGAGCAGGUCUCGCCUGAAAGAUGGCAGGGAGGACGAUGCCUCAUUGCAUGCAGCUGAGAAGGUGUUGAAGGGUGAGAAGUGGAUCUGCUCGCGGUGGUUCAGGGCAGGACAACCCUGCAAACAGCCAGGCAUUGGGGGCGGCAAUCCCUUGGCACCAGAGCCCUGA